AUGUUUUGCUGGAGUCGCCAAAAACACUAUACAUUAAAAUUAAAACGAAAAGUUGUUGUCGUCGGAGAUUGCCAUUCUGGUAAAUCAUGUCUAGAACAAGCUAUUGCUGGUAAAAUAUGGACUGAUAUGUCCAUGGUGUCAACAUGGGAUGAGAAUUAUGUUGAAAUUGAAAGUCGUGAACAAAAAGUAGAACUAGAAUUAUUUGAAUAA